CUCGUGAAGUGCAUUAUCUUAUCUUUAGGUGUAUAAGUUUACGUGGCAUUUCUGAUUUUACAAAAGGAACAGUCACUGUCCUUUGAAAAAGUAUCAAAAUGUUAGCAAAGGUUUCUUCUGUGGUGACUUUGGUGGUAAUUGGUACAACAAUCUUGAUAGGAACAUGGCCUGUCGAAAUCGAGGGCAAUCGCAAUUUUGAUGGUGGGUAUUCUGAAACAAAGACAAGAAGAUUUUUGACGACAGAUCAUGCAGGUACAUUUGGAUGUCAAAACGAUGGAUAUGUUUUUGAUCCUCCAACAAAUUUGUGCCUGAAGUUCUAUGAAAGCCCAAAAUAUAACUGGACAGACGCCCAAAACUACUGUAACUCUAGUCAUGGACGUCUGGCGAUUAUAACUGGCGAUCAAAAGAUUAAAGAUGUACUGACUUUCUAUAAGGAUGGUGGGUACACGAGUCCACUCUGGGUCGGGGCUACUGAUUUUGGCAAUAGUCACGUGUUCACAUUCACCGAUGGUUCUAAGCUUACAUUUGACCCAUCCGAAGGGAAGGACCUGAAAGACCACAACUGCCUUUAUGUGACCGGUGGAUCGUACAAGGGUUUUGGCCCCUGUACUGAACGGCAUGGAUUUAUCUGUGAAAAAUAAGUAGCACUGUAUGAGAAUAAGAAUGAUUAAAUUGUAUUUUCUUAAGAAACGUUUGUGUUUCAC